GGGAGUCACCGCGGAGACAGUCGAGAAGAACCGAAACGGGCGCAACGACUGUGCCGCGGAACUGAGCCGCAGGCCGACGGGCUGCUUCCGAGUCGGGAGCCGAGCCGAGCCGAGCCGAGCCGGGCCGAGCCGAGGUGAGGUGAGAGGGCGCCCGCACACCACUGCUGGAACUCCUUCCGGCCUUUGAGAACCGAUCACCGUUGUGCUCGAACGUGGAUGGGAGCUUUCCUUCCUGGCUUGCCGAAAAUGGGAUGAUGGCUUCCAAACAAAUGGAGCGUGAUACCACCGAUGGAAAAUCUGGUCAAAAUCCAGUAAAACGUGAUUGGUUUGGAUGGAGGGCCCGCCCAGUGAAAGGACACUUGCAGACUAUGUACAGGAAGUGAGCAGUGUGACAUCGCCAUUGGGGGCGUGGCCAGGGGCAUUCCAACGCAGGUGCGUUUAUCUUCCCGGAACGCCCGACAGUUACCACCCAGCCUGCCCAGCCCGCACCGCCACGCCGUUAAGCCGCUUUGUGCCAUCUGUCGGCAUCGCUCCUCACUGGCGAGCGACGCGAUUGGUCGGCAGAGGAAAAGAGGCGGGGUGAGGCUGAUUGAUAAAGGAGGAAGAGGCGGAGAUGAUCGUGCGCACAACAAGUUGGAGAAAGAAGCGCCUAUGUGUUACCACGGCAACGCAGAGGACAUGACAGCAGAGGACACACGGCUUGGCGAAAUGACAACAGAACAUUCCUGGCACUCCAGUCCCACCUCAGGCCCUCAUCCAAACCUCUAGCGAUUCAUUGUGGACCAGUAGGUCCAGGAACAUCAGAAAUAGGUCUUGAGAAAAAGGAGCUUGGGGCGUUUGAGUUGCCAAAAUGUCCCAAUCGGGUAAAGUGCUGCACCUGUAUGUUGAGGUGAGGUCUGCGGGUGAGGAAGAAGGAAGGGUUCCUGGGAUAGGAGAUAAUGAGAAGUGUCACCUGAUCCUUCAGUGCCCAGAUGUUCUCCCCCACUCUCAAAGGAGCUCAGUCCUCUCCAGCCCCAACCAAAGUCCGGAGCUUUCCCCGCGCACCCAGUGCAGAAUGCUGGGUGGGCGGCACAACUCGCCCCCCUCCAGCUGGUCCUCCAGGCACUCGGUCAGCCCUCAAGGCCAACAUUCGGACAGCGUGGAUUCCUCCACUUACUUCCACCAGGAGGACAUGUUACCCAACACUUUUGAAGACUUACUUCCGGUCCUCACAUGUACAGCCACCAGUCAGGGUCAUCAGUGUUCAGCAGCACUUACGCCGUCAUCGGACGUGUACCCCUAUCCAGGUCGGGAGCUUAGCCACCUUCCUCCGCCACCGUUUGGGCGCUUGACGGCACCUCCUACACCUACAUUCCACCGCCGUUCCUGUGAGAUGCAAGGGUCAGGCGGUCAGGAAAGGAAGACCUCUAUGGUGACCUUCGGGUAUAUUGAGAAAGCCAACGUUCAUAUGAUGGGCGGCAGUCGUCCUUCUCUGUGCCGAAAUGACUCCAGACGGGACGAGCAGUUCCUGCCCGCCCACCUCAGGAAGAGACUAAGUGACCCCUUAGGAUCCAGUGGUCAGGUCAGACAGGCUGAACCCUGCCCCAUUCACCAUCGCCCUUCUACCAAUCACGGCUCUCCUUUCCUGCACAGAGAUGUAGUAGCGAGAGAUGCCACCUACCGGGCCUUGGAGGAGUUUGGCUCUCCAGAACUGAGGCGUCGCUUUGGAGGUCGCAGCCCGACUCUGCCACAAAACCACGGGUCGCCGAACUGCCGCUCGUGGGCGGGGUCACCCGUCCUGCCCCGCAGUACCCUCACAUUACCAUCCAACACUCAGCUCAGAGACCUCGACAGGGGAGUCUGUCAGAACUCCACGGACGGAUUGCCGAGAAGCCCCGGGUUCGAUCAGCUGUGUGCCCAGACUGGGUUCUCCUCCCACACAGCAGCGCAGAUGCCAGAGCGUCAUUGUCACAGCCUCCUUCAAAUCCAGCAGUCAUCCUGGUUGGGGCACAAUAGUCCCAGACUUUCCAGCAGAUUUCAUUCUCCUUCACGUGGUGGACGGCCCACAGAUAUUCAGCAUGACGUCUCAAGCUGCAGAGCCGGUCAUGUGACCAGCUCUGCUAAUGGUGCGAAAACCUCCUCCUCAUUUUCCAAUGCCGACAUUUUUCUGGGACGACGAACUCCCUCUCCGGCACCUUCCCGAACUGAGUCUUUGAGGUCACUCAGUCCAAGUAUUGGAGAAUCAUUGCUUAGAAAAUCCCAACUACAUUCCGGUUUUAGUGAGGAUCUCCCCCCAGAGCUACUGCAGGAGAACAAAGUGAACCCAAGAUGGAAACCAGAGAAAUCCAAACCUCAACUACGGUCAGAAAGUGUCUCACCUGUCUUGACCAGAAAAGGACUCUGCUCACCUGCGACUUCUCAUUCACCGGUCUUAACACCGCGCCACAAGCAGAGUUCAAACGCCAGUCGGCACAUGUCCCACCUACACCCUCACCUCCAGCCAGCACACUCUACUGGAGACUACAGACCUUCAUGCUUGGAGGCCAGGUACCAUGAUCGCUCACACAGCCCUGAACUCUCCAGUAGACUCCACUCCUGCCAAACAUCUGCGGCUUCACCCUCCUCACAGCAGGAGCUCAGGAGGACCAGUCCUGUCCAAGACAGACUAGAAUUCUGUAAGGAGAAGUCCAGACGCUUUGCUUCAAGACCCAAAGAGGAGAGUUUCAGCAAGCAAGCAGAAGACAAGGCAAGACGGGAUCAAUGCAGACUGGUUGGGGGUUUGUCCUGCACUCAGCAAGCGGACGUUCAGGAUCUCAGCAAGAUUGGUGGGACGUCCUCUCGGAGCUCCAGUGGGGUGACGGGAAGCUCAGGAGAAGGAAAUGCGUCUCCUGAAACCUGGAGCCAGUCCAGCUGCAAUGUGGGCUCCGGGGUCCAGCCAGGCGGAAGUUCAGCCGUGAGUCCGUCUUCGAGGUCGCAGAAAAUUGCCCAAGCCAAGUGGGACUUCUUGUUUGGAGCUGAGAAACAGGAAGGCCACAGCGAUAAAGACGCUUCGCCGCCCACUGUUAACUCGCUGAGCCCCACCCCUGCCAAGUCAGCCAAUCAGAGACGGGGUGGGAGGGCUGUACGGGGUCAAAGGUCAUUGCAUCACCACAAGGUCCAUCAGUUCGAGGUGGAGCUGCUCACCUCCGACCCUGGAGGCUCCGCACCCAAGACGGGUGUGGUCCGGCGCAGCGUCAAAUACUCGGAGACGGACCUGGACCACGUACCGAUGCGCUGCUACCGGGAAACUGACCUAGACGAGGUGAUGCGGGCGGAGGUUGCCGAGGAGGAUCCUGGCAACGCUUCGCCGAGCUCGCGUUCUGGUGAGGGAGGGAUGGCAUCGGAGGAGGAGGAGGAAGAAGAAGAGGAGGAGGACGGUGCGGCGAGCCGGCCUAGCGCGCUCAUGUGGGGAGACCGCCGCAGGCACAAGGCCGCCUCCCACCACGACAACAGCGUCAGUCUACUGCUGAAGGGGACGUCGGAGGUGAAAGGUCCCUCGGCCGAGGCGGGCGUCCCCCGGCGGCCGUCCGACAGCCACCUGGACUCUUUCAGUCGCCAAUUUGAAAGCAUCAUGGAAGGUCACCGGACCAAAGGAACCUCCUACAGCAGCCUGGACAGCGUCGAUCUUCUCACCUCGGGAUCCACGUCCGUCUUCACCUUUGACCUGCCCACGCUUACCCCCGAGGUCCAGAGCCAGAUCUGCGAGAGCGCCAAGAACAUCAUCCAGCUGAGCUUCGCCCCUCUGUCCCGCCCGGGCGCGCCCGCCCCCUCGCAGGUAUCCCGCUCGGAAAUCUCCCCGCAAGGAGGCUCCGAGGGCGACCGCUCCGCGCCGGUCCGGACCGGAUCGGGGAAGGGGCCGGGGCGGCGCUCGAUCCUCAAAGACGGCUUCCGCAAAGUCAGCUCGGCGCCGUUGCUGCGCGGCGCUCCGAGGGACGGCACGGUCAACCGCCCCCCCGAGCUGCUCUACCCGCAGGCCGACGUGGCGGAGCGACUGGCGCGCGCCGACCGCGGCGACGACGAGGACGUGCCGGUCGUCGCCGCCGAGGCCGACCCGCAGGCCGCCAAACGCCUCGCCGAACGUCUCCAUCAGCUGCACGGAUUCACGAAGUCUGACGUGGCGCCGCACCUCAGCAAGAACAACGAGUUCAGUCGGAUGGCGGCAGAAGAAUAUCUCAGCAAGUUUGACUUCACCGGCCUCCCCGUCGACCGAGCGCUCAGAACCUUCCUCGGCAAGCUCACGUUGGUGGGAGAAAGUCAGGAGCGAGAGCGAGUCCUCGCUCACUUUUCCAGAAGAUACGUGCGCUGUAACCCCAACAGCCAAGCUGCCGAAGACGGCGUCCACACGCUGACUUGUGCGCUGAUGCUGUUGAAUGUUGAUCUCCAUGGAAACAAUGUCGGGAAGAAGAUGUCCUGCGGCCAGUUCAUCUCCAACCUUGAAGGCCUCAAUGAUGGAAAAGACUUUCCCAAAGAUAUGCUGAAGAUGUUGUACACGUCCAUCAGGAACGACAAACUCCAGUGGCCCAUUGACGAGGAGGAGGAGUUCAGGACGUCUACAUCGGCAUUGGCCGAUGGCCGAACAGACUCCGCCUCCUACACCAUGAAGCGAGCGGGGAUCGGCCGCAACCGCCUGGCGGGCGACGGCGAUCUAUACAAGAGCGGAUUCCUGGUGCGCAAAGUCCACGCCGACGCCGAUGGGAAGAAAACGGCGCGCGGCAAGCGAGGCUGGAAGUCGUUCUACGCCACGUUGAAGGGUCGCGUGCUGUACCUGCAGAAGGACGAGUACGGCGCGGAGCGUCCGCUGACGGAGGACGACGUGAAGAACGCCGUGUCGGUGCAUCACGCGCUGGCCAUGAGGGCCGCCGACUACGCGAAGCGGCCCAACGUCUUCUACCUGCGCACCGCCGACUGGAGGGUCUUCCUCAUGCAGGCGCCGUCGAGCGACGACAUGCGCUCGUGGAUCACACGCAUCAACGUGGUGGCGGCCACCUUCUCGGCCCCGCCCUUCCCGGCCGCCGUCGGCUCUCAGAAGCGCUUCAGUCGCCCCCUGCUGCCGGGAUCCGGAACCAAACUGUCGCAGGAAGAGCAGGCCGCCUCUCACGAGGCUCGCUUCCGGGCGGCGUCCUCCGAGUUGGACGAGCUGGUCGGCGGCGCGGCGGAACGCAAGGUCAAAGGUCGCGAGCCGGACGAGCAGAAAGCGCGACGCGAGUACCUGGAGUUCGAGAAAACGCGUUACGGCACGUACGCCAUGCUGCUGCGUGCCAAGAUGUCCGCCGGCGAGGAGGACUCGGCCGCCUUCGAGGCGCGACUCUUCGAGGGCGACGGCGGCCCGCGGAGGGCGCGCUCCGGCCCCUCGCCGCCACGGGAAGCGGACGGCGAGGAGAAGACGCGCGUCGGCAAAGGUUUAAAGGUCGCCUCCUCGCGUCUGCUCUGCGACGGCGCCGCCAAACGAGGAGGAGGAGGAGAGAAGAAGAAGAACUCUCCGUCCGGACAGGAAGUGGCGCCGUGAGCACAGCAUCACGGGAAAAAGGAGGCGUGGCAGACUUUGACGCCAGCACUUUUAGGUACUCUCUCUUCUUUCUCAAAUCUCCUCAUCUGACACUGUUGCCACGGCAACAUGGCCACAGCGCGUGGGACUGUAGUCACGGCGACGGGAGAAUUCCUCUCUGUCACGAGGCCCAAAAUAAUCGAGGACACAAAGGCAACAUGGGAUCAUGACAUGCGUGUUGGCGGACGCUUUUCUCGAUCAUCUUCGUACAAAGUUGAAAGUCAUCAAUAUUUAUUUCCAUCAUGAAAUGUCGAUCGAAAAUCUGUCGUUUGUCAUCUUAACGGACGACCGGAGAAGAACGAAACGUGCUUUUUCUCCACCAGCGCAAAAGAGUUUUUUUGUUUUGGACUCUCCGAGCUUGUGAGUGACAUCACAGCGCCUUGUCACCACGACGGGACCGCCGCGUUUCCCGCCGCUCACUGAUUGGCCGCGGGCGGCUGCUCGUCUUCUAUUGGCUGACUGCUGAAGCCGCUGUCCACCGUCGAUUCUGAUUGGACCAAAGAAAACAAGCACACUUAAUAAUGCUAGAAAUAUGAAUUAAGGACAUCCCGAUGCAACCUUUUCACUUCCGACCCGAUACCGAUAUCGCUGCCUCGAAUUUUGGUCGAUACCGAUUUCGAUCUGAUCCGAUAUCGCCAAUAAUCAGACAUACUUGACUUUUUUGCAGUAUGGAAUGUUAGAAACGGCGGUUAGAGCGUCCGCCUCACAGUACUGAGGACCCGGGUUCGAUCCCCGGCCCCGCCUGUGUGGAGUUUGCGUGUCCUCCCCGUGCCUGCGCGGCUUUUCUCCGGGCGCUCCGCUUUCCUCCCACGUCCCCAAAACGUGCGUGCUCGUUUGAUUGAAGACUCUAAAUUGCCCGUAGGUGCGAAUGGUUGUUUGUUUGUAUGUGUGCCCUGCGAUUGGCUGGCGACCGGUUCAGGGCGGACCCCGCCUGCUGCCCGAAGAUAGCCGGGAUGGGCUCCGGCACGCCCGCGAGCCGCGUGAGGGGGAAGCGCAUCAGAAAAUGGAUGCAUGGAUGGAAUGUUAGAACAACAACAACAACAACAGUCGGCAGCGGUCGGGAUGAGGAAAACUGACCCGUUGAUUCUUAGCCAAUGAAGUAACUUUCAAAAUAAUUGAAUUUGUCGGCGCGUUUCCACGGGGCCUGCCGGAGCGCUCGACAGGACGCGCCCCCGCUGCCAUCUGAUUGGCUGCAGCAUCGGGCCGGGACGUUAGCGAAGCGACUCGAUUGUUUUGAGUUUGUCGUCUCCUUCUCGCCCGCUUGCAUGCAGCAGCCAAUCAGAUUGCAGCAAGGCAUGGGAUUCACAAUAACGCCUAGCUAACUGCGAGCGCGUUCCGUAGCCCAGCUACACGUCGGAUAGUGCCUUUUGUCACCUAGCGCGUUGUUCACCUUGUCUGAGUUUGUCUUGCGGCGCGAGCGCGUCGUCGGGAUGGAGGCGGCGCAGCAGGCGCACGCCGUCGUCGACGCCCAACGACGCCAGCGCCUCCAGGACGUCUUCGGCGGGACCUCCGCACAGCUACACGCGCACGCAUUCACACACGCAUAAACACAGUGACAUCAUCAUCAAUAAUAAUAAUAAUAGAUGAAGUUGAUGAGGGUGACGGCGCCGAUGUUUGCGGCUAAAGUGGGCGUGUCCUGACCUGGUAGUGUUGCAGGAGGCUGUAGUAGGGGGAGGGGCUGUCGCGGUAGAAGCUGGCCAGCGUUGUCAUUCCCAGUUUGUCGGCCAUCUUAUCCCACGGAACGCCGGCGUCGCGGACAACCUCCACCAGGUGGCCCAGCGUGUCCGCGUCCACGCGCCAACGCGGCUCGCCGCCUGCCGCGCCGCCUGCCGCAAAAAGUCACACGACGACAUGACGAUGUCGCAUGACGACACGCGGCGACGCCUAAUAAUAAUAAUGAUGAUAACGCAUCGCACUUUUAUAGCGCUUUUUCUGACACUGUACGAUGUUUCACAAUUUUGUUCAACCACUCCACAGUCGCACGUGCUGGCGGCCAGCGACGCGUGUAGCCACAGUUGCCCCGCAGGGGGCAGUCUGACGGAAUCGGGGCCGCCGACGUCCGACCUCCUUCAUUCGCGGGCACCGCGACGACACACGCUACCCGCCGACAUUCCGGUUGCGGGGCGUACACUUGCCCUCUGCGCCACGGCGUUCGCACAUGACGUGACAACACGUGACAUGCACGCACGCACACUCAUAGACACGCGAGCCGUAGCGACGGGUAAACGACGUGAGCCUGGGACAAACCUCGUUUGCCUUGGAUCUUGUCAGUCACGUGACGAGCGGUCGGCGACGUCAGCAGCUUCCUGACCUAUCGCGUCACACAAACGCGCUUUUACUUUCAAGGCGGCGGCGACGUCAGCCGCGCUUUUGCUUUCAAGGCGGUCGGUCGGUCGGGUACCUUGUGACAUUUGGCCAGGUCCAGCGCCGUGUGCCCGCUCACUCGUCUCUUCCGGCUGCCGACUGGCCGCGCCGUAGCCCCCGCCUCCUCCUCGUCGUCGUCGGAGGAGGAGCUUAAGACCAGCGGCUCGUCGUUUUCCAUGUAUUUGUCCGCACCUGAAGGCAACACGGCGCCCAUCAAUCACUCGCUCUUUGCGUGCGUGUGUGCCCAAUGUGUGCGUGCGUACCGGCGGCAAGCAGCACGGAGCAGAGCGUGUGCGCGUGUGCGGCGGCGGCCAGAUGAAGCGGCGUGUUUCCUCCGAACGUGCGAGCGUUCACGUCCGCCUUCAACUGCAAAAGACAAAAGAGAGUGGCGACUCCAAUUGCUUCAUUGGAAACAGCGGCGCCGUUUCCCGAGGCACGGACUCGGAUGCCCGGACGACGUCGCGUCGGGAAACAACGGAAAGACGAACAACGGAUAUGUCGAACGGAAGCGCCCAUUUCUUUCUUUGUGACCUUACGAUGCACUCCGCGAAGGUGAAGGCAACUUAGAAAGCUUGAAAUACCGGAGCGGGUUAGACGAUUUGACUUUCCGGCGUCAUAAAAAAACGAAGGCGCCGAUCGGCCGAAGACGAGAUCCGCGCAUCGCCGAUCCGCUGCUAUUCCUUACGGUCCCCGCAUAAUACUUUGCUGAAAUUGAAUUUGUCCAACUGAAGGAGAAAAUAUAUCAUUUGAAUUGUCAUUGCGGAUAAAAAAACCUUACAUUCACUUUCAGGUUGAACUCAUCAAUUCUAUUUCCAAUGAUACGAUUCCGAUUCAAAUGAAACAAUACAAGCGAGAAAAUGGCAAAAAGGCCCAAUUAAACGCAGCCAAGACAAAAUGUCCCAAAUGUGGCAGCGAAAGGCCAACGGCCCAUUGCUCCGAACUGAAAACAUCGUUUUCAAUCGUUUGAAUUUUCCUGAUUUUGUGGGUGGGGCUAAAGCACAGCCCCAUGACAUCACGACUUAGAGAGAGUGCGGGGAGUACAAAGCGACGUGGUUUGGUUUGGUUUGGUUUGGCUGCGCUUCUCAGUCGUGCCUCGGCGGUGCUCAGCUUGCAUAACAAGGUUAGCAAGCUAACGAUGGCCGCACCCCGAAAAUGCCCCAAUUUAUAGAACAGCUCGCUAACGUUAUUGCAGCUCCCAAAGGAGGAGGAGGAGACAACAAAAGAGACGCAUUGACUUUUUGGACAUCAACUUUGCAGUGCGGAUAGUUUUGUCAACCGUCACCAGCGGCGGCAACACGGCCCCGUGGGUAACUUGAUACCCGUGAACGGGGCGGAGCCGAGCGUCUAACGACCCGGGCUUCCUCCUACCGUGCCGCGUUCGGCGGCCGUGACAUUAUGUUGAGCCGUUUGCUUAUUUUUAUGAUUGUGGUCCACAAUGAGCGUUCUGUUUUGAAGUCGAGCCUCCUAACGCGAUUUGACGCCAUGUAAGCCGUCACCCCGUCAGUAUGUUUGCUUCCUUUUGCCGCACCCGUUCGAUGCGCCCGCGGCAUCUUGAGAGCUGAGAUUCCAACUUUAAAGCCCGAUUUGUUGUAUCGACUCAAAUUUGGCAGACUCGCUGACAUUACUCGUCUCUGUGGUCUGUCGAAUUUACACGGCAUUUUUUGGGGCCUGCCACUUUAAGAAAAGAAAUAGUUGAUUAUCCAAAAGGUCUUUAAUUAUUCAGUCAAAUAGCUUCUUUUUUCUUGUGUAUUCAUUUCCCUGGGGAACAGCAGUUUUGCUGACAGCUAUUUUGAACUCAAAACUCUGUUUUUCUCUAUCACGUCAAGUUUUUGAACAAUAGAUCCCCGUGUUCCGAAAAAUGUAUGUAAACAGAUAUGUACUUAUUUUAUCCAACUUUUCAAAUAUUGACAGGCAUGAAACAAUCAAUCAAUAAACAGGCAUGACCGCAAUGUUUAUUUCACACUA